AUGGAAAAUGACACUUCUCCAUUCUAUUUCACCCUCACCCUCUUUAAGGACCUAGGAUUGUACAGAUAUCUUUUUUUUAUCAUAUGUUUCCUUCUGUAUGCUUUAAUGUUGUCUCUAAACAUCAUGAUCAUAGUAAUUGUAUUGCUGGAGAGAACACUGCACGAACCCAUGUAUGUUUUUAUUUCAUGUCUGUCCAUCAAUUCUCUUUAUGGCUCUACUGGUUUAUUUCCUAGACUCAUGGUGGAUCUCCUCUCUGACACGCAUCUAAUCUCCCAUCCUGUUUGUUUUACACAGAUUUAUGUCGUUUAUACGUAUGCAUCGUAUGAACUCAUCAUUCUGGGCAUCAUGGCUUAUGACAGAUAUGUUGCAAAAUGUAAACCGUUACAUUACAACAGCAUCAUGAAUUCAAAGACAGUUGUUCUAUUAGUGGGUCUUGGAUGGGUUUAUCCCAUUUGUUCCAUUGGAUCUUUGCUGUACCUGUUAGGUAUCGUUAGGUUGCCGUUAUGUGGUAAUGAAAUAGCGAGGGUUUUUUGUGUCAACUGGCCUGUAGUCCAGCUUUCAUGUGUGGACACCACACAAAACAAUGCUGCAGGACUGCUUGUUACUAUUACAACAGUAUUUUUACCACUGGGCUUUGUUUUGUAUACUUACUUUAGAAUUAUAAUUGUUUGUAAGAAAAGCUCCAAUGAAUACCGUGGGAAAGCCUUAAAAACCUGUUUACCUCAUAUUGUUACAUUUGUUAUCUAUUCCAUAGCCCUGUUUUGUGAAGUAUCUCUAAGUCGAUAUAAACAUGAUGAACUGAAUCCAGUUGUGACUGUGAUUCUGUCACUUGAGUUUCUAAUAAUUCCACCUAUACUAAAUCCACUUGUUUAUGGUUUAAACCUGCCACAAAUUCGAGGCAUGAUAUUGAGAUUGUUACAGACACCUAGAAUAGUUGCCUGUAUGUUACGAUAA